CUGUCAGACUGUAGACUGUCAGUUUUCUUGUUUGUUGAUAGAGGAUUGACCAGGAUUCUGUAAUUCUUCUAUUCUUCAAGGAUUCUUUACUUUUCCAUUUCUUAUCCUUUCCCUAUUCGAUCAAAGAACGCUUAUAUUUUACCUGAAUAUAUAAUUGGUAUUAGAAUAUCUACAAUAAUCCUAUCGUAUAAUAAACAAACAAAAUGUCUCUCCGUCUUAAAAUAGAAAAGCAAAAAGCACAAGAAGAAAUGCGUCGUUUGAUGGCUGAAAGAAAAAAGAGCAAUGUCAAACCAACAAAAAUAGAUAAUCCUCUUGCAAAGUAUAAUAACACGGGACAGUUAAUGUGUAUACUUUGUAACUCAGUAGUCCGGUCAGAACGAGUGUGGCAAGUGCACAUAAAUAGCAAACAACACAGAGAGAAUGUUGAAAAGGCAAAAAAGCUAAAAGAAUUGACAAAUAACUUUACUGUUGGAAAGAUUAAACAUAAAAGUAGCAGUCCACCAAGAGAUGCUCCACCAGAAAAAAAGUUAAAAGGAAUUUUGAAAAAUGCUGAAGUACCGAAGAUUGCUGUUCAGCCACCCAAAAACAAAGCUCCUCAAAUUAUAACCUUCCAUGAUGAAGAAAUAAAAAGGACACCACUAAUCCUUACCACACCAACUGUCAAUAUAGAAGAUUUACCAGCAACUAGUACAGCAGAAGUGGAAGUACCUCAAGGAUCAGAACAGCCUUUGCCAGAAGGUUUCUUUGAUGACCCCAUACUAGAUGCUAAGGUACGCAACAUUGAAUAUAAAGAUCCUAUUGAAGAGGAGUGGGAAAAAUUCCAAAAAGAAAUAAAAGAAGAGGCAACUGCUUCGGCUGAAAUUAUUGCUGGAGAGCAAGAAGAAGCAACAGCAGAAAGACAAAUUGAUGAAAUAGAUGAACAAAUCCGAAUUUGGUCAAAGGUUUUAGACCUCGAGUUGAAGAAAGAAGAAACUAAGAAGACAAAACAAGAUUUGGAGAAAAUGAGUGAAGAUGAAAAGGGAGAUUCAGAUAAUGAAGAUGAUAUUGAUGAAUUUUUGGACUGGCGGGCGAAAAAAUCGUAUUCUUAACAUUCAACUAUUAUUAAAUACAGUGAAAUUAAAAAAAUAUUAUGCAUAUA